AUGCCCCGGGGAAAAGCAGCCUUUCUGUACCGCUGUGGGUAUGGAAACACAGUGAGGCAUAUCUGUGACAUGACUGGCUGGUACAGCAUGCUCACAGAGCUCCUGGCCUGCAACGCGUGCAGGAAGGCUGCAAAGGGCUCUCAGGAGCAUUCAAUUGGUCGCUUCCUGGCGUGGGAUGCUGCUAUUUUGAAGCAGCUGACUCCAGCACACCAAGCUGUGUUCCAUGCGAUCCUAACACCAAGACGCGGUGUGGACAAGCAAGUUGUCCGCCUGAUGAGGGAUCGGACUGAGGGCAACACCAUGGUUAAGGUGUGGAGGCAGGUCCAGGAGGGUCACUGUGAGGAGUACCUGCAGAGAAAGGACCUCUACACCACCCUUCUCUGUCAGCUCAGCAGACCUGGGAGCAUCAUGAGUGCUCUGGGCCAUCAAUACCAGAAGCCGCUGACGCGCAGGGAGCUGCCGUCACCGAGGCUUCUGAGAAAAGCCUACCUAAUCUAUGAGGCAGAACACAUUGAGGACUACCGGACACAAAUCAUGUCCACGUUCGGGAAAGUCCUCAAGUAUGACUCCACCAGGAAGAUCUGCAAGAAGCUUUCAGGUCACGGAAGAGGCACUGCAGAGUGGUGCACCAACGUGGCCAACGAGCUGGGGCAGGUCCUCAUGUCGGUGUUCAUCUGCGAGGAGUCUCUUCCGUGCCUGAAGCCCAUGGCUGACGGCCUCAUGGAGCGCUACAGGAGAGCAGGAGAGGGCCCUCCUGAGCUGAUGUAUGUGGACUGUGGCUGCUGCAGAGUGCAUGGUGUCUCCUCUUUGGAGCAUCUCUUCAGCGACUGGGCGAACAGUGGAAUGAUGGUGCGGCUGGACAUCUUCCACUGGAUAAAGCGCUUCGAUGCGGCCGUCCGGACAGACCACCAUCCUAAAUAUGCACUGUUUAAGUCUGCGCUCUCUGCAGCUGUCUUCACCUACAAUAAGGAUGACAUGGCGCUGCUCAUCCAGGCCAUACGUGCAGGAAACGACCAGACAGCCAUCAACAGCCUGAAGGGAGCAGCUGGGCUGGAUGAGAACCAGGCCCCUCUGUUUAAGGACGCUGCAGCCAUCGACCGGGUCUGGGAGAACCAGCAGAAGCACCUGGAGUGCAUUCAGGAUCCCCCAGGGAGAGACAUGUACACUGUCAUGAAGGUCGUCACCCGCAACAGUGUGCGCAUGCCAUACUAUACCACCUCGUCCGUGGGAGUGCGGUCCUGGAGUGCGGUCCUGGGAGUGCGGCCCUGGGAGUGA